AUGGCGCUCCUGAGGUCAGGCUGGCUGUGGAGACAGACUUCUGUCCUAAAACGCUGGAAGUUAAACUGGUGUGACCUCUGGAUAGAUGGGAGUCUUUGCUUCUAUAAGACCGACAGCAGACGAGAGUUGGAGUACCGCGUCAGCCUCAAGACCACAUGCAUAGAUGUGCGGUCAGGCCUGGAAUGUGGAGGUGUGACUCCACCAGAGAGUCAUCCCAGGGAGAAUCUCGUCGUGGUUCAGCUCGCAGACGGCUCAACAGUCAACUUGUGUGCCAACAGCGAGGAUGAAUCUAUAGCGUGGAAACUGACUCUUCUAGAGACCAAGAGAAACCCGGUGUUCACAUAUGACCCAUAUGAUGACUCCUACCAGGCUAUCCCCAUUAACAGCUAUCAGACUGUCUACAUCACACCUGGAGCAGGACCAGGCACCCACCAGGUGGUUGUUCAGAGGGACCCGUUUGAUUCAGUGGCGGAGACUGUUGCACUGGGAUUACUGACAGGCAUGGCGGCAGGGGCAGCCAUGCGAUCCUUCCUCUGGAUGCCCUUCUUUUUCUGCUGA